UCCCGUUCAAUCGUUCAGUUCCAGUUUAAGCUAAGUAGAAUCGUUCGCAUUCUGUCAAAUUACGUUUCGCUGAGUGGUGUACCGAGCCUCCUGUAUCCUACAAUCUCUGAUAAUGUUAUUGUUGUGAUUUCAUUUAGUAUACACGUCUUAUAACAUUUUUUUAAUCGAUCUGUUGUGAAUAAGGUUAACUACUAGCUUAUGAGCAGUAAAUGGGUGCAAUCACGUCUUGUAAUUAGGCAACGUUACCGCUUCUUUUUGUUGUUGAAAUUUGCAAAAUAAAACAUUUGGUGACGGACAGAAUGUAAAGAUUAGAAUAAUCUUGUGCUGUAUUGAAGUGAACUGAUGUAUCCAUUAUCUAUAGUUUCACGUAUAUUCGCGAGUUCAGUUUUUGUUUUGUGACAAUAUACCUAUCAGACAAUGGGUACGACAGGAUUGACUUUGGCAGAUUUGCCGAAUAUAUUUAUUAUGAUAGGUGCUCUAGUUGCGCUUUUUGUGAUGCUAGUCAUAUUACUCAGGAAUAUGGAAGUUAUAGGUAUAGUGGGGGAAGGCCGGGAAGACACUUGGCCGAGAGCGAUGCAACCACCUCGUCUGUUGAUGCAGAGGGUCCACAUACCAUUCACAUUUAAACUACAAGAGAACAAGCCUAUAGGAUACAGCACAGGUGUCUCCAGCAGUAUAUCUUCAACAGUCCGCUACUGGCACGCCAGCUGGUGGGGUGCUCCGGUGAGGGAUCUGCAUCAGACUCUCUGGGGCACCCUGCCAGAAAUACUAGCCUCCAAACACCUGGACUUCACCAAGAAUCCACCUCAUGAUGAGCAGGACGUGAAGUUGUCUGCGGAUCCUCUACAGCUCGGUCCUCCGCCUCGAACCCGCUACCCCCUGGUGGUGAUACUGGCCAGGGACCAGAGAGACACCACGGAGCUCAGGCCGGAUGAUACGGUGGCUCUGAUAACGGUGGUGCAUAUUAGAGACGAACAAUGCCCACUGCCAAGUGGCAUCAUAGCACAAUACCUGAAACAGGCGAACGGUCACCUGUCCUGUCUCAAGCAACUGUACGUGUCCGGUGAGGUGGGCGAUGUCGGUGGAGACGUGUCUCCCGAGUCUUGUGGGGGGUUUGGUCGGGAGGCUCUCUGCUGCGUGUGCGCCUCCGCCCCGCUGUCCAGAGCCCUACUCCCCUGCCGGCACGCCUGCCUCUGCGCGAGGUGCCUACCUAAGCUGGACAAGUGUCCGAUAUGCCGCAGCCCCAUCAGCAGUUACUUCUGCAUCAGGAACGAGGAAGAACCGCUGUCGGACCUCAAGCAGAACCUGACCACCAACAGGCGGAUACUGAACCUGUUCCACUACCACUAGGGCCGGUGACGUCAUCGAUUGAGCGAGUGACGUCAUCGAAUACUACGUCAUACGUUUGUGACAAGAAAAGUUUUCCUUCCUACUUUGAGAUUUUUUUUUUCUAGAAGGAACCGCAGCUGCGUCCUUUGUUUAAACCUUCUCUAUCAUUAUGUCUAGCUCGUUGAAAUACUGCCGUUGUACCAAAAUAAUGUAUUUUUUAGUUUAGUUUGUAUAGCGUCCUAUUUUAUUAUUAUUUUUUAAACAUGCUUGGCCUAUCGUAAGUUUAAAUUUUGUUCGUCAUUAGAUAUAUAAACGACUGCGGAAAGUGAUUGUGAUGUACAUAAAAGACAUUUGGCUGUAUGAUUGUGGACUGUAACCAUUAUUUAUUUAAAAACAAAAAACUAUUUUAUUUACAUUUUAUUUUUACUCGAAAAGCUUCAUUAUUUUUUAAUUAUUUGUGUUUAUUUUUUUCUACAUUUCUUUUAUUUUGGAUAUUAGUUUUUCAGUAUCUAUAUAUGUGUGGUUGUAUUGGAACUGUCAUGAAUCCUAUUCGUUAAGAGUCGCGCGAUGUAUGCAUCUGUGAUAAUUGCUUUGUGAAUCCGCUGAUUAUUUUACAAUAAUUAAAUAUAAAGUUAUAUUAAAAUAAAGAAUUAUAAUGA